AUGGCAGACGUACUUCCUCAAGUAUUCAAUAACUCUUCUAUCUUACCUUCUUCCAGUACGCAAUUACCGGAUGGAGGGACUAUUGAGACUGUCGUAUACACCUCCACAGUGACGGUAGGAGAUGGAAUCGGCGGGUUUGAAUUAUCCAAGGAGCUGGUAUCUUCGACAAUCCUUGUACCUGCUUCUUCCUCUUCGGUGUCGGCGGGUGGAACGUCAAAACCAGCUACUUCGGUUGUAGGAGGUGCAAACCCCAAACCUGCACCAUCAUCCUCAAUCUCAUCUUUAACCCCCAGCUCCAUGUCUUCUUUAACUUCAAGUUCAUCUCAACUUGCUCAACCUUCAGUUAUCAACGCCUCUGCUUUCUCUUCCUCCCCUAGUUCAAUAGUCUCUUCGGUACCUCUCAGCAGGACAUUUCAUAAUGACCUCAUUGUCUCUUCUUCCACUCAAUCAACUCAUACCACUCAGUCAUUCACUACCCAAGCGGCUUUACUUCGCUCUUCUAGUUCUUCCGGAUCUAGCUCGUCACGUCCUACUUCAUCAAGUCACACCAGUAGUUCCAUGUCAAAAGUCCCGAAUGCUAUCACUUCCACAUCGACUGUGACUGUUCCACCAGUGACCAAUGUUGAUGUAUCAGCCUCAUCAAUCAAGACCUAUGUCUCUGGUUCUGUCACUUAUUCUGGAUCAGCGGCUGUGGCUGCUAUAGCUGCCGCAGAUGCCAUCAACACUGGUGGAACGUCGACGGAGAAGACGGGAGGGUCGAAAUUGAGCUCGAUCGCUAUUGUCGGUAUCGUACUUGGUGUUUUAGGAUUCUUGGUUAUUUGUUAUUUAUCAUGGUACAACUGGAAAAAGAAACGUGACCGAGAUGCUCUAGGCGAGGAAUUGAACGAUGAUCACUUUGACGCCGAUGGUCAACCCAUACAAUUUACAGAGAAGAUGUCUCAUGAGAGACGUGGUUCUUCAGAAUCCCGUUCUGGUAAAAGAAGACGUCAAAAGCGUAAUGAUCGACCAAGUCGUUCAGGUCGUAGAAGAUCUAAUGGAAAUCCUUUCGACGAUGGAGAUUGGUAUGCCGACCCAUAUGACGAUCAACAUGAAAUCGGACCACCCACUACGACUGGUUUUGACCCGGUAUAUGACUAUCAACAACAUCAGCACUUAGACGAAGGAAUGAUAAACCCUUAUGAAGAAGAAUAUCAUCAUGAGGAUCAAACCCAUUAUUCUGGAUUUGGGGGAGAAAGAACGACAUACCCUUCAUUAUCAGAAUAUUACGAUUCAACACAAAAUGAUCCAUCUCGUUCUCUUGUAACUUCUCAAUCGUAUUUGGAAUCAUCACCUUUUGAAGAUCCUCGUCCUGCACCACAACCACAGUCAUUCCCACGACAACCAGAAAGAGCUCAUUCUUUCGUUUCCACCGAACCUAGAAGAACAUCUUUGGCUUAUGCUGGAACUCGUCCUACGAGCGAUACCUUCUCCGAAUUGGCACAACCUACUCCAGCGACUGCGGCUUUACUUCCUUGGUUAGGAAAAUCUGAACCGGUUCCUCCACCAGUCCCAGCGAUACCGAUUGCUUCGAGUUCGAAUUAUGCUGGAGGAGGAGGAGUUCCGCCUCCUCAACCAAGUUUUAAAGGUCCUAUGGGAGUGAGACCUGUUGUAGGUGUGAGAGAGAACCAAAGACAAGGACCGGCACCUGUGAUGGCUCAGACACCUAUGGGAGAGUAUGGUUAUCCUGAUAUAAUACCAAAUUUCAGAUGA